AUGCUUUGUCAAAGUCAUGCCAUUAUUUUCCAGAUCAACGGAGUCGAGUUGAAAUGCAAAAGUUUCGACUUCCUAACGACUACAUCCACGUGUUCAUUCACUUCGGAAGCGGCUGUUCCCGUUGGAAAUGGCCAGUUGAAGCAGAGGGAAGAAGCGUCGUAUCAUGAGAAGAUUUGUGUUUCCAAGAGUUUUGUGGAAUCCUGCCCAUCCACCUUCUUCUCCAGACACCCUCAAAUGAUACUUGUCGGUUUUGCGGAGUCAGUUUCAGAUUCCCCGUCGUUCGAUCAUUGUUUUGACACGUGUCUCAACAGUUAUCAAUUGUUUGGGUUUAAUUGCACUUCUGGAAUGUAUUAUUUUGAGGAAAAUCAACUAAACUGUAUCUUGAACUCGGAGAAUCGAAAUACCCAAUCCGAGUUGUUCACCGAGGAAAACACGGAUAUAGUCGACUACUUUGAGGUGGAAUGUACCCGUCCGAAAACUGGACUUCAGAAGAGAAGAAAGAUGUCGGGAGUCAGGAAUUUUGAAACCGACGCCAUCGGUGCUGACAAAAUGUUGAUGGGUGGAAGCUCCGCCCCCUCCUCGAAUCACGAAGAAGACGUGGAGGCGGACGGUUCGAAAUGGGAGAGUUGGUCAGAGUGUCAAGAGGGAAAACAGACGAGACGAAAGAGUUGCACCAGUUUUAAUAAAAUCGAAGAUUGUGCUGAGGAAGUGAGAGAUUGUGAAAAUGAAGAGACGCAGGAAGGGGCGGAGCCAAGUGGAAUGAGAAUGUCAAUUGUGAGGUCUGGGGAUCUAGACGAGUCGACGAACCAAGAAAAUGGAAACGGGGCGGAGCCAAUGGAAGAGAGGAAUAAUGAGGCGGAGACGGACGACCCAGUCCCGACAAAAGAAGAAAUCGCUGAAGUAAAACAAAAAAUCCGUCGAACCGGUUUCAAAUGUCCCCUGAAUGAGUGUUGCCGAGUGUUCCUCUCGUGUUCGUACGGUCUCCGUCACAAUUCUCACACGAAACAGUUGGAAUGGUGUCGUCGUCCGUGUAACGAUGCUGUCAAUUCGUUUAGACGGUCGAGACUAUUGAGGUAG